GAGAGCGCAGCAUCGGAGGCGCAGAGCGGUGGAGACGCGGAGCGGAGCGGAGCAGAGCGGAGCAAUGGGGAAGCUUCAGGAAUUUGAUAUCACUUUUACUAACAACAAGGUGGUUUACGGGCCGGGGGAGUCGAUUAGCGGCACCGUGAAGAUACGAACCGGCAACUCUCUGCAGUACAAAGCCAUCAAGGUGAACUGCCAGGGCUCAUGUGGGAUCUCCAACAAAAUGAACGACCCCUCAUGGACUAUGGAGGAGCAGUACUUCAACAGCAUGUUGUCUGUUGCUGACAAAGGAGUCCUGGCGCCGGGUGAACACAGCUUCCCUUUUCAGUUUCCCAUUCCAGCCGCUGUCCCAACGUCCUUUGAGGGACUUUUUGGAAAAGUUAUCUACCGUCUGAAAGCAGCCAUUGACACGCCACGCUUCUCCAAGGACUACAAAGCCCAGAAGCCCUUCUACAUACUCAACCUGCUCAACCUCAAUGAGGUGCCCGGCAUUGAACAUCAGAGUCACGCUGUGAUCACUAAGAAGUUCAGCUACCACUUGGUGAAGACGGGGACUUUGAUGCUGAAAACUCGCAGUGACAUGAGGGGUUACAUCCCCGGUCAAGUCAUCAAGUUAGCCACUGAGAUCCACAACAAGUCUGGGAAAGACACAGGAUACGUCCUGGCCAGUCUCAUACAGAAAGUGACCUAUAAGACCAAGCGGCCUGUGUUUGACCUACGGACCAUCGCAGAGGUGGAGGGAGCUGGAGUGAAGGCAGGAAAACAUGCAGAGUGGAGGGAGCAGAUCAUCGUCCCUCCUCUUCCUCAGUCAGCCUUGGAUGGAUGCAGCCUCAUAGACAUCGAGUAUUUCAUUCAGGUGUCACUAAAGUCUCCCGAGGCAGUUGUCACUCUGCCCAUAUACAUCGGCAACAUUGCUGUGAACUUGUCUCCAUCGAGGCUCCUGCCCUCCAGUCCAGACCACGGUGCCAUGACCAUGGCAGCCAGUGCAGCGGGGGUCACACCUAGCGCCCCCCCGGUGGAGGAGGACCUUGAGGACGUGCUGUGUGCAGGCGGCAUCGCCAGCGAGGAGAUUCCCACCAAAAGUCACUCUCAGCAAGAUCCCUCAUGUCAACCAGUCACCAUGUCCCCCAGCGCCUUCAGCCAUGCGCCGGGUGCAGCGCUCCCCCCUGGCCACAGACGAGCCGACGCGUCCGCUCCGUUGUUCUGUGUCUCCACAGGAGCCACCAUACCUUUCUUCACAGAGGGAAACGUGAAUCCAAUUCCCACGUCCUGUUCUCUCAUUCUCCCUCCAGAGUACAGCAGUUGCGACUACCCUCACGAGCCCCCGCCCACUUAUGAGGAAAGCUGCAGCAGCGCCAGCUCCAGUUUCAACAGUAGACAAUAGAGACGGAGGUGGUGAAGCAUUGUGGCCACGCCCACCCACACCUGUCUGCCUGUCAGCACAUCUGAAUGGACACAUGCUGGGUCAAAGAGGAGGGGCUAUAAUUCCACCCUUCAAAUGGCCCAAAGAUUAUGUCUUUGUACUCUGAGUAAAAAAGAAAAAAAGGGGGGGGGGAUUGUAUCUUAUAAUGACUAUAAGAAAGAACAGUAAAUCCACCUCAUGUCGUGCCAGAUAAUGUCAGACAGAACGGGUGAACAUCACUGUGCCUAAGAAAUAUUUUGGAUCGUCAUACUGCAUUUAGAAUAUUCAAUGAUUGGACAUCUGUGAUUCUUGGAGUAGGGUAAAAUCAGUUUUUAUUUUAUUUUAAAUGACUUGUUGCAUCUGUGAUGCCUUGAAGGUAAUUUUGGCUUGAAAAUACCUUUCAGCCUGGCCUUUUUUCUCUGUAUAUUGUUCAGAAUAUGUGCUUGUUAGUGUGAUCCACUGCUGUCUCUCUGUGUCACAGCUUUCUUCCUUAUCAGCCCGGCAGAGCCGUCUCUAUGCUGGAUGUCAAGAGGGAAACGUCCAGCUGCUGGUUUAUUUGUAAAACCGGGUAAAAGCUCUGCCUGCAGGACGCUACUGUGAUUGUAUAUGAGCUAUAAAGAGAAAAAGGAUUUAAGGGAAAACCUCUCAGUUGCAUCACCACUAAAAUACCUACGAAUGCAGUCAGAAUUAAAACAACAGUUUUUUUUAUUUCUUAGUUUUAUUGGCAUGAGUCAACCAGUUGCUACAUUGACUGUUAAAAAUAGAUUACUGUUUGAGAAUAUUUGUGUUGCUUGCUCGUAUGACUGAGGUUUUUGGCUGACACCACUUUUGUAUUCAGAGGACAGUCUAUCUGCAGAUGAGCUGAUUUUUCCCCCCCUGCAGCUGGAUAUGAAGACUACAGGAUUGACACGCUUCCUCUGCCCUCUUGUGGUCAAUACUGGUACAAGCUUUAUCUCGGCUUGGUCUUGAAACUAGAUUCUGCUUUUGUGGUUCUUAUGUUCUUGCGGCAUUCCUUUGAGCAGAAGGGACUCACUGAGGUUUGAGAUACGUGUUGUUAUAAUAGACGAUGCGAGCGAUCUGCAUCUUCUUUUCAAAAGUCUCGGUCUGGAUGUGAUUGCUUUUGUCCUCUCUGCGGCCUUAACGUUCUUGUAGUGUUACCUUAGUGAGGUGAGAAUCCCAUUUCGGUCAGUGCAGAUGGUAGUAUACGUACAUGUGCACAACACAGCACUUUUUGACAAUAUGAGCGCAUGGGUUUCUGAGUGUGCAAAUCUACUGAAUGUGUGUAUGUGUCUGCGUGUUUGUGUAUGACUGACUGUGUCUGUGUGUGCGUGUAAAAUGUAGCUUAUUUAGACUAGAAAAAGUCCACCCAAAGUCUCAAUUUCAAAACAAUUCCCGACUUAAUAUGUGUGUUAAGUUGUCUGUGUGAGACAACUUUCAUGAUGUUUUUCUGUCAUUGCCAGUGCACAAUGACUGGAUGAUCAGUAUCACGAUAUGAUUUUAGCUUGUAGUAAAUUUCGGUUGCAGUAAUUCAUGAAGAAACCUGGUUAUCGACUUUUUUUGUUUUGCACAUACCACUAUGUACUGUUGCAUUUUUUUUAAUCUCAUGUAACAGUAAACAUAACAGUGGAACACAAUUAAGUAAUACAAUUCAGUUAUUUCCAUCUUACUUUGCAAACGUUUGUCAUAUUUUUUCAUCUAGUGAGGACAGAUACUAUCCUUGUUUUAUAUGCUAUUAAUGAUUCCAAUCGCAUCAAGUCUGCUGUGUUGAGAAAAAAGCAUCAGUUCAUAUUCAUUGUCUCUUUUCUGUGGGAAACUAAGGCCACUGAAAAUCUUAAGCACAACUACUUUGUUAAGCAUUUGUGUCUCUAUUCAUGGGUUUGUCUUAUUUCCCUACAUGCGCCAAAUCAAAGUCCAUUUCAAAUUGACAAAAAUUUAAAAGGAAACAAUAAUCGAUUUUCUAUUGUGAGCUGUCCACCGGCAGACUGGUUAACUGUCAGACAACAGUGUUGCGGUUCCACAUUGUUGUGAAUGCAUGCCUUAUCUGGAUUCCUGCCACUACUAAGAUGAGCCAGUGACAGACUUGCUUCUUCUCUGGGAGGACUUCAGGAAGUGCUCCUCCAGACUGCAAAGUGCACUUGAUGUACACAGAUGUAGCUUUUAAAAACAGUGAGAACUGGACCUUAGAUAUGUCAAACUUUUUUUUUUUUCUGUUAGUUUUUUUUUUCUAUUUUAUUCUUGUUUUAGAAAGUAUGUGCAAUUCCUAUUAUCUUCAAGAAAGCUGCAGCAGCAGCAGCUCCCUGAAGUCAUUUCAUGCUGCCUUUAUCAGUCCUCCUUGUGUUGAAUUCUUCUUCACCAAAAGGUACUAUAGCUUUAUGAAGCCCCACUUGUUCUGUUUUUAUUUCAUUCGUUCCCCAUCACAUAAUUGAUGAGUGGUGUCUGGUUUUGUAUUUUUCUACUUGUAAACUGUUUACAGGUGCAGUAUGCAUAUACUAAUAGUAGCACCUCAUCCAGUACAUGUAAUAUUUCAACUUACAGCAAAGAAUCAACAGUCUACUGUACAGUAUAACAAUAAAAUUAUAUGAUGUUAUAAA